AUCCGGAAUCCUCGACGGCUUCGAAAAUUCUCUGAACGUCAUCCGCCACAAAGGGGUCAUCGUCGCGAUAUUGAUGGGCCUGGCGGCGUUGAUCAUCUGCAUCCUUCUAGACGUUGUCCGAAGUCAGGCGGACCCGAGGGCUCGUUGCUCGUUAACAUCGGCUUCCGUGAGGAUCACAAGUAUUCAUCAGAUCAUUUCGGAACCAGUUAUGGUCCAUACUUCUGCUGACGUCGGCCAUGAUGACCUUUUUCGCCGGGGCCAUCGCCGUCGUCUUCAUCCGGAGAUUCGACGCAUCCGUCGCCAAACUCCUGAUUCCGGUUUGGCUCAAGUUUCCAUGGAAAAUGGUCUUCUUGUCAGAAAUACCUCAGCUACUUGAAGAAGAGCUCGAGCCGGAAAUUCAUCGACCGAAUACAGGCGAGUAGUUGGGUACUUGAAAAAAUAUAAUGAAGUUGCUAAUUAGAAAAUGUUUCAUUUUCUAGACGUCAAAAAAAAAAAAUGCCUUGCAGGCGACGUACAGCUGCUGCGGCGUCCUCGGGAUCGACGAUUUUCUAGACUUUUCAGAAGUCGAAGUGCCAUCGUUUCGAAAGUAAAUUUACCACUGAAAAUGAGAUUAACAUUUUUUGCAGCACCUUGAAACCGAACACAAAGUUUGGCGACUGCUCCAACUUGCCGUGUGAACUUCCCUUGAGCUGCUGUUCUUCGAUGAGUUGCUCCAACCAACUGAUGUUGCUUAAAGAGCCUGAAGGCGCGGAAGGACUGGUCGAGAGCUGGUACCAUCAGACAGGUCUCUUUUUUUUUCUAAUUCAACUACUCCAUCUUUUCUCACAAAUAUCAAGAGCUCAUGGAAUGAAUCAACGCGUUUGUAAUUUUUUUUGAGGUCAAAAAAAGAUAUACAUGCAAUAUUGAAAAAGUGUUAUCACAAAAUUCCGGCCUGAAGAUCCUUGUAUGAAAAUCAGUUCAAAGUCCAAAGAUCCUGAGAAAAUUUUUAAAUUGUAUAAAAAAGCACUUCAGGAUGCAUCGAAGCGCUGGACAAGCACUACCUCUGGAGUCCGUUGCCUUGCAGUUGGCUAACGGCAGUUCUGAUAAGCAUUUUCUUCCUCUUGCAGUUGCUUGGCGCCGUUUCCAUGCAGGUUUAACAUGCAGAAUUAUAAAUAAAGGCAAAUUUGAUUCCAGAUGACUCUGACUGGCUUUGCAACAUUGAACGAGUCCGGUCGAGAAGAAGACGAAGAUUCGUACGCCUGGAUCCUGCCAUGCGCCUAUCCUUCACCUCAACAGCUAGUCGAGGUUCAAUACAUUUCCUGCUGGCUUUUGAGAGAGAAAAAACACCGCUUGCUUGCUAAAAACGAUCAAAAUAAAAACUUCAGAGAAACUAAAAUAUAAAAAACCUGAAACAUACUAAUAAUAAACGAGCAUUUUUGAUUGAAAUAUUUUCGGAGCCAAAUUUUACGUCUCAUUUUCGCGGUGAAUAGAGAAUAGUCUAAAACAGAAAGCAAAAAUCGUAUUCAAUUCAGAAGCUCAUGCCUGAAUCCUCUUCUGAAAAUGAAGACGAAGUCCCAAGAAUCGAACAAGAAGGAUCUACAGAAGUAAAAUCUAAAAGUAAAGAAACGAAAACGAAAGAGCAAGUCAAGAAAGUAGAACUGAAGAACACCGGACUGUCAAAAGUCGAGGAAAAAAAGGGACCCCAAAAGAAGAAGAUAAAAGAUGAAGCUAAAACAAGAAUAGAACCAAAACCUGUCGGAAAAAAAUCAGAAUCAAAAGGAAUCGUCUCAAGACCAGUUCCAAAAAAGGAUUGA